AUGGGAUUUAGUACUCAUGCAUCCGGCACAAAUGAUCCGCCCGAAGUGCGGAACUGGCGUAUCCACAUGAUCGCCUUGGUGGCGAGCAUGUCCGCACUUGCAAUGGGCUAUGAUACAGCCGUUAUUGGAGGCACUAUGGCCUUGGAAUCGUUCAUCCGAGACUUUGGUCUUGACGCUGGCGACCAAGUGUCCAGAAAUACGAUACAGGGUAACAUUGUUUCGACUUUUCAGGCCGGUUGCUUCUUCGGCGCCCUUCUGACGUUUCCCAUCGCCGAGAAGUGGGGUCGUAAAAAGACCGUCAUUCUCGCAGCCUCUGUGUUUCUUAUUGGCGGCACACUAAUGACUGCUGCGAAUGGCAACAUGAACAUGAUUAUCGGCGGCCGAGCUGUGGCUGGCCUUGGCAUCGGCGCCUCGUCUCUCACAGUCCCCGUCUACAUUGCAGAGACGGCUCCCCCAUCUAUCCGCGGACGCUUGGUAGGUAUUUUCGAAAUCGCUUCUCAGGGAGGCGGCAUGCUGGGUUUCUGGAUCAACUACGCGACGGACCGGACGAUAAACGUGAAUACGAAAACGCAGUGGAUUAUCCCUCUUGCGCUGCAGCUCGUCCCGGGAAUUGGACUCUGCUUUGGUAUGAUGUGGUGUCCGGAGUCUCCUCGAUGGCUAGCCAGAGGGGAUAACUUUGAAGCCGCCGAAAAGGUUCUCGUUGAUAUUAGAGGACUAUCAUCUGACCACGAGUACAUCCGGCGCGAAAUGGGCGAAAUCCGAGCCCAAGUCGAAGAGCGAAGCACCAACAGAAUGGACAAGAAGCAGCAGUUCAAGAAGCUCUUCCAAAAGGGCGUCCGCAACCGCAUGGGAAUCGGCCUGGCCCUCAUGUUCCUGCAGAGCUUCACGGGCGUCAACAUCAUCACGUACUACUCGCCCCGCAUCUUCGAGAGCCUUGGCGUCUCGGGUACGUCCCUGCGGCUCUUCUCGACGGGCUUCUACGGGAUCGCCAAGACGCUGGGCAUGUUCCUCUUCACGUUCUGGGUGGUGGAAAAGGUCGGGCGCCGCAAGGGCUUGAUUUGGGGCGCCGCUCUUGGCUGCAUCCCCAUGUGGUACAUUGGCGGCUACGUGAUGGCCGCCGAUCCGGCUGCCGCCGCAGCAGCUGGGACGAUCAACCGCGAUGGAUGGGGAUAUAUCGCCAUUGUGUGCGUGUACAUCAACGCCGUCAUCAUCUGCGCGACCUGGCAGGGCAUCACCUGGACGUACGCGUCGGAGAUAUUCCCCCUCGACAUCCGCAUGCUGUGCGUGGCGCUGACGACGGCCGACACCUGGCUGGGCUCCUUUAUCAUUGCGCGCUCGACGCCGUACAUGAUUUCAGACCUCGGCUACGGUGCAUACUUCUUCUUUGCGACCAUCCUGGUGUGCAUGGGUAUAUGGUCGCUCUUCUUCGUGCCGGAAACGAAAGGUGUUACUCUCGAGGAGAUGGAUGCUCUGUUCGCGAGACCCGUGUACAAGACGGUUUGGGCGCAAAUACGACGCAGGGAGGUUCUCCCAGCUGCGCGAUCCGACUCCCCCUUCGACGAAAAGGACGUCAAGGACGAAAAGGAGCCGUAG